UUCCAGACUACAUAUGAAGCGUUAAAAUGAAUAAUAUACCAGACGAUUUUAAAAAGAUUGCAAGUUCCAGUCGAUUACCAAGAAAAUACUGUAGCUCAGAAUCCUCAUUAUCAGAUGAUGAUGGACACGAAAUUGAGCAUGUUUUGAAGCACGGAGCCCCGGAAGAAGCGUUAACUCCGGAUACAGAAAGAAUGGUUGUAUUGGGCCAGGAUGUAGUUCAAUCUGCACCUGCAAGCCUUGUUCCGGGUGGCAAUCUUUCAUGGAUGAGCAAAAUUAAAUCAGCCGGCGCGUCAAUGAUGGGAAGUAUACGACCGUCAAGUUCAAGCCAAGACGUACAUUCAACAGGAGAAAUUGAGAAACAUUCGAAGAAAAAGUGGAAAGCGAGAUUAUGGUCAACAUGGAACAAUAUCAAAUAUUCAAGUACAUGGAUGUCAGAUCGAAGUGAUGAAUAUGGAGGUGAAAAUGAUGUUGUUUUCUUGGGAAGAAGAUAUUCAACUAGUGUAGAUGAAAGUGGUCUUCGCUCGGGGUUCGAGAACUUUUGUUCUGAUUACUACUCGAGACUUUGGAUCACCUAUAGGACAGAUUUUCCAGCACUUCUUGAUACUGAUACGACAACAGAUUGUGGAUGGGGAUGUAUGAUUCGAACAACACAAAUGAUGGUUGCACAGGCGAUUAUGGUGAAUCGAUUUGGAAGAGAUUGGAGAUUUACAAGAAGGAAAAGAUCUCAUGUCGCCGCUCAUGGAGAUGAAGAUGAUUUCGAUAGAGAGAAAAUUCAAGAGUGGAUGAUUCUGAAAUUAUUUGAAGACAAGCCAACGGCUCCAUUGGGAAUUCAUAAGAUGGUUGGAAUUGCUGCAAUGGGUAAAGGGAAAAAGGCCGUCGGAAGUUGGUAUAGUCCUUCAGAAGCUGUUUUUAUUAUGAAGAAAGCACUAACAGAAUCAAGUUCUCCACUAACUGGUAACACUGCCAUGCUUCUAUCAAUCGAUGGACGGGUUCAUAUUCGAGAUAUUGAAGUUGAAACAAAAAAUUGGAUGAAAAAGUUGAUACUGGUGAUUGUUGUAAGACUAGGAGCUGCUGAAUUGAACCCGAUCUAUGUUCCGCACUUGAUGCGCCUUUUUGCAAUGGAAUCAUGCCUAGGAAUUACCGGAGGACGACCUGAUCACUCGUCUUGGUUUGUGGGAUAUUAUGGAGAUCAAAUAAUCUAUCUGGAUCCACAUGUUGCUCAUGAGUAUAUUCCAAUUGAUAUCAAUCCCAAUACAAACGUAGUGGACAGUGAUAGUAAGAAAGCAAAAAAGUGCCCGGAAAAAAGUUAUCACUGUCGUUUACUCUCGAAAAUGCACUUUUUUGAUAUGGAUCCAUCAUGUGCCCUGUGCUUUCAAUUUGAAUCACGGGAACAAUUUGAUAAUGAUAUGAGACAAUUGAAUUUGUCUCAAUUCAUUGACAUCGAUCAAGGCGAGGAACAUGGAAUGAAACGAGUACGAGAUCCCAUGUUUAGUGUGGUUUAUGGAGAAAGACGUCAACCUCCAAGUUAUGAACGUGAAGUCUCUGAAACAGAACAAGCACAAGCGGACAAGCACGGAUUCGAGAUGCUGUAAUUAUUGACAAUUUUUGAAAUUCUGUACACUGAACAUUUAUUGGUGCUUGAUAUGUAUUGAUGACGCAAUGUGAACAUUAUUAAAUAAAAAUGUAUUAAGGGAAG